GCCGUGAACAGGACAGGAAAAACGUAGGGACUUGUAAAGAGAGAUAGGAAGAAAAGAGAAAUUUACACUGAAGUUAGAAGAUUAAAAUUUACGGAUUGGUGUAUUUUGUAAUUGAAUGCCAUUUGGAUCAUUUGGAGAUGGGGAAUGGAAUUAAUAAGGUCCUUCCAGAUCUUUAUCUUGGUAAUCUCAAAGAUGCGCGUGACAAAGAUCUGCUGAUGCAGCACAACAUCACCCACAUCCUGUCCAUCCACGACACAGCUGCACCUGUCUUGGAGGACAUGACAUAUCUUUGUAUAGCGGCGGCUGAUCAUAGGAAGCAAAACCUGAUCCAGUUCUUCAAAGAUAGCAUCAUUUUUAUCCACAAUUCCAGGGUGAAAGGAGAAGGUUGUCUUGUCCACUGUGUUGCAGGAGUGUCCCGCAGUGUAACACUGGUGGUAGCCUACAUCAUGACGGUGACAGGUCGGGGAUGGGUGGAAUCCCUAGCGGCGGUUAGGGCAGCCCGGCCGUGUGCAGGGCCGAACCUGGGCUUUCUCAGGCAGCUGGAUGAGUUUGAGAACACAGAAUUAAAAGAGUAUCGCACCUGGUGGAAGAACCAGUAUGGAAUGCACCCACUCCACUCCAAUGAUGAAGAAGAAGUUGAAAAACUUUUAAUGCAAAGAUUCAAAGGAAAUGACCUCCCAACCAUCAUCACAAAAUCUCUGGUCACAAGUGGCACUUAAACAAAAAAAUGAACAAAAACUGUGACUAAAAAUUAAAUGGGGCAAUUUUUUUCCACUCCAUCCGUCCAGUGACUUGAGACCGUCUUGGCCCCAACUGUCAAAAAGCAUGCAAGGUCAGUCAAGCAUUUAACCAAGGAAAGACAGUAUGUAUGUCAAGUAUGGAGUGUCAAUGUACAGUACAUUUUGCAGUAUUAACUCUCCCUGGAGAGUAAACGCAUGAGCAUUAUUUGGUACCUCUAACUACCUAACUGCAGCUUACAAGCGGUUUUCAACUUGUGUCAAAUGGUUUGUGAUUUACGGUGAAUGUAAUUAUAAUUCAAACGUUUUAGUCUACGUAGUAUUUUGCGCAUAUUGUUUUAUAUUUUUAAUUCUUUGUGGCUUGUCCUUUUAGGGGUUGCCACAGCAUGUAAUCUUUUUCCUAGUUUCUCUUCCACCUCUCUAACACUAACUGCCUUCAUAUCUUCCAUCACGAAUUCAUCCACCUUCUCUUUGGUCUUCCUCUCAGCUUCUUGCCUGGUCACUCCUUGAUUUACUUCCACUUCCAUUAACAUUUCUGCAACCUCCAGCUUCACUUCCUUUUUUCUUUUUACUGACACUGUCUCUAAUCCGUACAUCAUGGCUGGCCUCAUGACUGUCUUCUAGACUUUGCCCUUAAUUCUAGCGUCUAUUUUUCUGUCAAAUAAAGCACCUGUUUCAGCCUUCUUCAGUCCUUUUCUCUACCUCUUUACCACACGAAGACCUUGUUCAGACUGGCAGCCAAAAUCCGAUUUUCAGCCCAUCCAGAUUAAAACUGGAUGGCUAUUUGUAGUCUGCACAGUCACAAAGCACAGAAAUGAGAUUUUUUUUUAGACGGAUUGAAACUACAUAUGGAAGGUAGUUUUUAUAUUAGAUAUGGAGAAGAUGCUUCUCAGUCUUAACAGUUCAGAUCAGUUUUGACCGUCCGUGGCAUCACACUAUGCUGGAUGACGCAGGGAUGACGAGACGGGCACAGGUCCCGGAACAUACACAGAAAAUGGUGCUGAAAACAACACGCAAAUGCCCACUUGCCAUGCUAUGGGACUUACAAGUCUCAAUUUAAGAUAAUAUCCAUGGUUAGAAUUUGUUAUGACAACAAUUUUCAAUUAUUUAGGCUAUACUCUGCACAGCAUGAGCAUUUGCCCAUAUAACCACAGGUGGAACUUACAAUAACAUACAGUCUAACUUGUAAAACCUAAAAAGAAAAAAUCUGAGAUUACAAUAAAUAACACAAAUCCAUUCUUUUGUGAGUUUCAGGUGUGUCAAUACUGUGGUCCAGCCUGAACAGUUCUUGAUCAGUUUUGAACUCUUGCUAAUAAUAGGGUGAACAGUCAACCCUAAGAAUUAGAUAUGAGGAGGAAUCUGAUUGGAAUCAGAUAUGUCUCCAGUCUGAACAAAGCCUAAUCGUUGCUCUAGAAUGCUGACCCCCAGUACUUCGUCCUUAACCUUCGCUAUUUCUUCUGCCUGUAGACUCAGUCUUUCUUCUCCAUUUUACCUCAUUAAUGCACAAAUAUUCCAUUUUAGUUCAGCUAAUCCUCAUUCCUUCCUUCACUUCAAAUGUAGCUUCCACUGCAGAUCACAAUGUCUCCAAUAAACAUCACGGUCCAUGGAGAUUCCAGUCUAACCUCAUCUGUCAGGCAAGCCAUCACCAUCACAAACAGGUUGGCGCUCUGAGCUGAUUCAUGGUGUAGUUCCUAUACCCCCAACUUGAAAUUCUCCGUCACACCUGCGACACAGCUCACUUCUGUUCUGCUGCCCUCGUACACUGCCUCUUGUCUGGCUUUGGCAUCUCCACUUUGGUGCUACGUCUCUGUCCUCUCAGCGUCACACUUCUUCACCAGCCUGUUUCCCUGUAUGGUUUCCUCUACUUUAGGGUUCCAUCACAAAGUCUAAUGAUCCUCUUCUCACCAGAAGACACUCAGCCUAAUCUUCUGCCAUUUUCUCUGAUCACCUUUGCUGUAAUAGUCCAGUUGUCAGUGAGCCUCUCCUGUCUCACCUCUUGUUCAAAAGUCAUACACUUUCCCUUUUUUUUUUUAAACUUCUAUCACAAUGUUCUCUUAUCAUCUUCAUCUUCUUUCCCACAGCAUCUUACACACAACUGGGGGUUCCCAGGAAAGCUAUGCAUUCUGGUAAUGAAGGACAUUUACUAAAGCUAGUUUAAAGCGAUGUUUUGCCUUCAUUAUGGUGCAUUAUGGGUAAAAACAACUUUAAAAAAAAACAACAACAACAACAACACUGUGGUGAUGACAGGACCAUGAACAUAGUGCAACAAUGAAAGCUGCAUGCUUCGACAAUAGAUUUUCCUUAAAUAUUUUUUUAAUACAAAGUAAGAAACCAUUUUAGCUUUUCAUAAACUACUAAAUUAUAUAUAUUUUAGGCAAAUUUAUAUAAAAAAAAGAAAGAAGAAGAAAUUGAUUAUUUAUGACGCUACCUUGAGGUGAUAACAUCAGCCCUGGACGUAUGGAUGUAUUGCAGUAAUGAAUUAUCGACUCUAAAGUCAAUUAAAAAAGAACAUACAAAAUACUAUUUUGGUAACAAAUCAUGGACUGGGCCACAUAUGAGACAUAACCAAAUUUAAAACUAAAACCUCUUUCUGUUUUUUUUAUGGCUAUAUUCCUAAAAUCUUCCAUGACAUACAGGGUCUCUGAAGGUUUCAACAAGCCAAAUUUAAGACUUUUUAAAGACCAUAUUGAAAAUAGUUUAAGACCCAUUUCACAUUGAAAAAAGAUUUGAAGGAAAAUGACCUGGAAGCACAGGUAGUUCUGCUUUGUUGUUACAUUUUGGGGUCCUCAAAGAUCGAAAUAUGAAAAAAGCGAGACUGAAGUUAAUGCAUGUUCAACUUAAAAGUAAAGCCACUCGAUUUUUAAGACCUCUCAAAAUCCUAUUUAAGAACUUUUGUGAGAUUUUAGGAGAAUUUUAGACAUUUUGAGAGUUAAAUUCAAAUGAUUGUAUUCAAGACUUUUAUAGACCCUACUCACAUGACGUAACAACCACGCCUCCGCGCCAUGUUGUCCGUCUACUCGUCGUGUUGACACAUUACCGCUAUGUAAAUUCCUCCUAUUAUGGCGUGUUUUUCUGCUCGUUAACAUUAAUAAUCAUAAUGGUGAAGGCGUGUGUGGCAGUUGGUUACAGUAACAGAGAAGAUAGACGGAGAGACUUGAAGUUUUACCGUAUUCCGAGAGACCCGGAGAGGAGAGUGAGAUGGACUGCUGCAAUUUCACGAGAAAACUGGGCACCAAACGAUCACUACAGAUUAUGUAGUAGUCAUUUUAUAUCUGGUAAGAUGCAUUUAAUAUAUAUUUAGAGGGUUUUGGGCUGACAACCACAAUUAAGAUCAUUGCGAGGCUAAUCGCCGACAACAUACAGUUUCAAAUUCAAGAAGCUUAUUUCUUCCACUAUUUCUUCCACCAUCAUUAUUUUUUGAAUAAUAUUUAGCUGGUACCAAGUGAAAGAAGUUAAACAGUUGUGUCCAAACCUUUUCCAAAGGGGGCCAGAUUUGGUGUGGUAAAAAUGCGGGGGGCGACUUUGGCUGAUUUACAUAGAACAAUAUAUUUACACAAAUUUUAGCAAGCCCUUCUGUGUGUCACAUUUGCUUUAUUAUUUUUUUUAAUCCAUAAUUUCAACAAUCUCGUCUUUGUGGCUUUCUCUUUUGACACUCGGGCUCUUGCGAAAUACUGCUGCUGUGAAAUUAAACUAGCUUUAUCUUCCCCGUAAUGUUGUCGUACAUGUCAGCGUGUCUUGUUUGGUAAAAUUGCGUCACAUCGAACUCCUUGAAAACAGCGACUGUCUCUUUGCAAAUGAGGCAGACACAGUUGUUGCGUGUUUUAUUGAAGAAAUAGUCCAAUAUCCACCUAUCCUUGAAGCGUCGGCCAUCGCAGUCAACUUUUUUUUUUUUUUGAUUGUCGCCAUUUUAGAAAAUUGGAAGUAAAGGGGUAAUGUUGCUUAGAGUGCUCUUUAAAGUCUUUCAAACUUUCGUGAGAAUAGGCUGAUUUUGUGUGGACAAGAUAGUUGUAGAUAUCAGGGUAGCAGAUGUCAGGCAAAAGGGCGAAGACAGCGGGUCGAAAAAUAUGGAUCUGGUGAAUGGAUAGACUGGAGCUUUUCCACAUAACUCCUUUUAUGCAACGCAUCCAAUGAGUUUACAGCGUCUGAAAGCACCGGGGCUUCCAUGAAUUGCACUAUAAAUUGCACGACAAAUUGAAACCAUCCACCGGCCGGAUACAGCGACACGUCAUUCUGUGACGUUGGUGAGUAGGGUCUAUAUACUUUUUAACACCCCAUGGACACCUUGACAUAAUUUAGGUUAGCUUCACAAGAAUCAUUAUGCUUUCUAGCAAUAACCUCCCCUAUCACUACCUCUAUCAGAUGACAUUGUCAGCUCUCUUGUGGGUCACCAAAUGUACCUGCCUCUUUUGGAAGCCUUCCCCAAGAUGUGUAUUACAAUCUUCACCAAUCACAUGUCACUCUGUCUUGGAUAUGCUCAGACUAACUUCUUCUACGUCCAUCCAGAAUUUCUUUCUCUUCCAGUCCACAUCCUGCGUGUAGGGCAUAACUACUAAUCAUGUUAUAUACAGUACAUACAUACAGUACAUAUCGCACUCAACACUCUUGACUAACUGUUGUUUUAAAAUAACCCCUACUCUAUUUAUCUUGCCAUCAACACCAUUGUAGAUUAAUUUGAAUCCUGCUCCUAAGCGUCUAAGUUUACUGCUUUUCCAUCUGCUCUCUGGCAUACGCAAUAAAUCUAUCAUCCACCUGAUCAUCAUGUCAACCAACCGCCUAGCAUUCCUGUCAUAGUCCUCAAAUUCACACUGGCUAUUUUCAGAUAUCAGGCCUGUCCUUUACUCUUUUCUGUCUUUGUGAGAAUUCGCUGUCCACCUCUCUUUCGUCUUUGAUCCACAGUAGCAAAAUUUCCAUCGACACCCCGGAUGUUGAUAACCCAGGCCAUUCCUGUAUGGAAUUUGUUGUAAACACAAUCAUAUUUGUUUGGCAUAGUUUUACAAUGGAUGCCUCUCCUGCCACAGCCCUCUAAAUUUAUCCGGACUUGGAACCGACCUUUAGUUAAGGUAUAUGCCCCUGUAUUGCUGCUUUUUUUUUUUUUUUUUUUUUUUUUUUAUUAUUUUUAUUUUAUUAUUAUUCUGUAUAGAUACAGUUGUGUUCAAAAUUAUUCAACCCCUAUGGUAGAUAAGUGUUUUUUUCAAGUAUGACAUUUAUUUUUCUUGUUGUUUAUAAUCACAUUAAAUAAUGACAUGUCAAAUAGAUACCACUGAAAUAACAAAAAUAUUUUUGGGACUAUUCCAAUUCAUGGCCUUUCUGUGAUUACUUCAUUGACAAAAUUAUUCAACCCCUUGGUAUGUACAACCCCUAGCAAAAUUUUGAUGUUUUCUGUAGGCAGGCAUCUUUGUAAAUCUCACUGCAACAGCACCAAACAAAAGUUCCAGCAUCAUCACCUUGUCCAAUGCAGAUUCUUGACAUCUUGUCCAAUGCAGAUUUUUGACUCUUGACAAGGUGAUGAUGCUGGAACUUUUGUUUGGUGCUGUUCCAGUGAUAUUUACAAAGAUGACUGCCUGAAGAAAACAUCAAAAUUCUCUCAGUCCUUGAUGAUAUGGGGCUUCAUGUCAGGCAAAGGUACUGGGAAGAUGGCUUUGAUUAAAUCUUCAAUAAAUGCACAAGUUUACAUUGAAAUUUUUGACAGCUUUCUUAUCCCUUCAAUUGAAAAUGUUUGUCAUUUUCCAAGAUGGCAAUGCAUCAUGCACAGAGCUAAAACUGUUAAAGCUUUCCUUGGAGAAAGACUCAUCAAGUCAAUGUCAUGGCCUGCAAAUAGCCCAGAUCUCAACCCUAUUGAAAACCUGUGGUGGAAAUUGAAAAAGAUGGUCCAUAGCAAGGCUCCGACCUGCAAGGAUGAUCUGGCAACUGCAAUCAUAGAGAGUUGGCACCAAAUUGAAGAAUACUCAUCAAGUCUAUGCCUCAGAGACUUCAAGCUGUCAUAAAAGCCAGAGGUGGUGCUACUAAAUACUAGGGAUGUGUUUUGAUUGUUACUUCUUUGUUUGUUUCUCGUGAUUCCAUAUUUUUCCCUCGGAAUGGAGUGAUUCCAUAUAUAUUUCCCUGUACUUGCUCUAUAAAAGUAACAUUUGCUGACCACCACAAUGUUUUUUUUUUUAAAUUUCAUUUCUUAUCGUGUUUCUGAAUGAUAAAGAGUAGCACUUUUGAACUAAUUCAUUAUUUUUUCAAGCUUUUUAUCUGACUUUGUUCUAUAUGAUAAAAUGUCUGAGUGAGUGCUCGUCCGAGACUGGUGAGUCCAUACUUUUUGCUAGGGGUUGUAUAACUGUAGUACUUUGUACAUCAUCCUUUGCAACAAUAACAUUUAGACGUGAAGCAUCACUUGACACAAGAUUCUUGCAGUGAUCCACAGGUAUCUUAGCCCAUCCCUCAUGGGCAAAUGCCAGUUCUUUAACAUUUUUGGGCUUGCAUGCUGCAACUGCCUUCUUUAAGUACCACCAGAGAUCAAUGGGAUUUAAGUCUGGUGAUUGCGAUGGCCACUCCAGAAUCUUCCAGCACUUCUUUUGCAAUCAAGAUGUGGUAGAUGUUGAGGUAUGCUUAGGAUCAUUGUCCUGUUGGAAGGUCCAACCUCACCCAAGCCUUAGCUUUGUCAAUAACUGCAUGACAUUUGCAUCUAAGAUCACCUGGUAUUGAACUGAGUUCAUAAUACCUUGCACACGCUGAUGAUUCCCUGUACCCGAAGAAGUAAACAACCCCAGAGCAUGACUGACCCCCCACCGUGCUUCACAGUAUAUAGGGUGUUCUUUUCUUUAUAGGCAUCAUUCUUUCUCCUUCACACGUACCAUUGAUCCAUUGGCCCAAAAAGUUCCAGUUUGGGCUUAUCACUCCAGAAAACAGUAUCCCAAAACAUUUGUGGUUUGUCCCGAUGGUUUUUGGCAUACUUCUUGUGCUUUGGAGUCAGCACGGGGGUGCGCCUGGGAGUUCUUGCAAUGAAGCCAUAAUUUCGCAGUGUGCGUCUUAUUAUCUAGGAUGAAACCCGAAUACCUUUCUAUGACAUGUCCUGUCGUAGUUCCUCAGCUGUCACUCGGGGAUUUUUCUCCACCUUUCGCUUCAGGUAUCGGACAGCAGCUGCAGACAGUAACCUCUUUCUACCACACCCAGGUAGCAUUUCCACUGUGCCUUUAGCUUUAAACUUGCGGACUAUGCUCCCAAUUGUGUCUCUCAAAAAUUUUAGUCCUUUUGCUAUCUUUUUAUGUCCAUAUCCUUGCUUAUGAAUUGAAAUGACCUCCUCUCUGAACGUUUUUGACCAUUACUUGGACUUCACCAUGUUGUAAAGAUGUCAUUCACUGCCAAGAAGAGCCAUGUGUCACAGUCCUUUUAAAUCUGCUUAACUGCUGCUCAUUUGGGGUUCCGUUCACAUCUACAGAUGUUUUCAUCAGCUGUUUCACAACACCUGAUGGAAACCUUUGUUCUUAAUGGUGGUGGACAUGAGGGGUUGAAUAAUUGUGUCAAUAUGUUAAUCACAGAAAGGCCAUUAGUUGGAAUAUUCCCAAAAAAAAUUUGGGUUUUUCAGAUGUAUUUGUCUAUUUGACAUGUUACGACUUGAUGUGAUUAUAAAUAAGAUGAAAAAUGAAUGUCAUACUUGCAAAAACACUUAUCCACUGUGGGUGUUGAAUAAUUUUGAACACAACUGUAGUUGGAGUAUAUUGUAUGGCUAGGGAUGGAUAGGGAUGUCUCGAUCGCAUAUUUUUUCACCCCUGUACAAGUCAUCUGAUUUUGAGAAUCUUCCGAUACCGAGUCUCGAUCCGUUACCGGGGGAAGUUUCACACUCACAUGGCUGACAACAGCCUCUCACUUACACGAGUUGCCACAGCACACUAUUGCUAGUGUGUAACAAGCUAAAAGAUGAUUGACACAUCUGUGCCUUUGAUUGUAGAGCUACAGAGCCCUCAUUCGCCAGAUCAAAGGUACAAACCUGUCAAUCAUCGUUAACUUUAUAUAGCAAACACUAGCUGCCUGCUGACCAAGAAAAGCAGCAGGAGGGAGAGUGAGAGGCUGUACGAGCAUGAAGGAGAAAAACAUGAAUAUAUUUUUAAAUUAAAGACCUGAUCCUUUUCAACUGAUUUCCGAUCACGUGAUAGGAUCGAGACAUCCCUAGCUACAGAAACACAUUAAUAGUCCACUUUCCCUUUGCCAUCGUGAAUUGCUGGUUUGUAUGCUAUACAUAAUAGGUUGUUCCAAUGUUUUUGUAUCACACAAAAAAAAUCAGCUUUGAAAACUACUGUUUUGUUGAAUUCAUCUUUUCAAUGUAAUCCUAACAAUUGUAACUUUCAAAACUGUUCCUUGUAAAGUAUAAACAUAAAAGUAGAAUCAGUAGAAGUGACCAACAGUUAUGUAGAUGAGAAUUUUAUUACAAAUAUACAGAAGUAAAAAUGUGUAUCACAAUGUGAGCUUUUUAUUUCAUUUUAUAUGUGUUUUUCAAUUAAAAUACAAAAUUCCUCCA